AUGGCUCUGAUGACUUGGCUCUGGCGAGCCGCCUACGGGGUUGCUGGGCUGGCGUCGCUGGCCGUGGGCGCGCUGUAUUUCCUGCAGGAGAAGCUGCUCUACGUUCCUGUGGCUCCAGGCAUCUCGCAAAACUACGAGUACUUCCCUGACCAAUUUCAUCUCAUGCAUGAGGACAUACAGCUGACAACCAAGGAUGGCCUGUCUCUGCACGCCUGGCUGCUGUGGGAUCCCGCUUGGGAUAAAGCCACACUGAGGAACAAGCCUCUGAUAUUGUUCUUCCAGGCGAAUGCAGGAAACCUCAGCCACAGGUUGCCAUUCUUCAGAGGAGUCAUUUCCAAGCUGGGGUGUGUCAUCUUAGCACCAAGUUAUCGCGGGUAUGGUCCCAAUCCUGGCAGUCCCACAGAGUGGGGGUUGAAGAUGGAUGCGGAGGCUGCCAUCAACUAUGCGUUGUCACGCAAAGAUCUGCGCUCUGAGCAGCUGGUCGUCAUGGGGAGGUCACUGGGUGGUGCUGUUGCAAUUCAUAUUGCAGCCCAGCAUCAAGACAAGGUGAAAGCUCUCAUCGUUGAGAACACCUUCACUUCUGUCGAAGACAUGGUCCCCCAAGUGUUGCCGUUCUUGGGCGCUCUCAUCGGCAAGGGCGGGUGGUGCAAUUUCUUGGUGAGGAACAAGUGGCUAAAUGAUGUGGAGAUCAAGAAACUGCAGAUGCCAAUUCUCAUGCUGUCCUCCUCGGAUGAUGAGAUGGUCCCAAGAAGCCAGAUGGAGACGCUGUAUCGGAUCACGAGCCAAAACAACCGCAUCUUUGUGGACCUAGUAAACGCACACCAUAUGGACGCUUAUGACGUCUGCCCCCUCAUCUACUGGCCUGCCCUGCAGAGGUUUUUGGACGAGAAUGUGGACUGA